AUGUCAACUAGUAAAGAUCAGAAAAGGAUUGGUGAUCUGUUGUUGGGUCUGAUAACUUCAUUUGAAUUAUACAAGAGACAUUUUGAAUGUCAGCAGCGCAUUAUGAUCGAGUUGGAUUCUUCCAUGCAACAGUAUGAAAAUUUUGAAAAAACAGUUAAUGAGUUUGAGGCUGAAAAGCGCCUACAUAAUAAUUUUUCAAAACCUCUCAAAUGGGUAGAAAUGAAAGUGAGCUAUCAAAAUUUGAAAAUAGAAAAAUACAUUCCAUUACCGAUGCGUUUCAUAAAAUAUGGUCAUCACCACAAAAUUAGCAAAAGUAAGGAAACCAUAUGUGCAAAGGGUGGAAACCCAAGACACCAGCACACAUGGGAAUCUCUAUGUCAAAACAUGGCUAAAUGCUAUCACUGCAAACAGAGGCACGAAACAUUUUCCAAAGAAUAUCAAAAAUUUAAACUAGAAAAGGAAAUAAUUUAA